ACUAGAACAGUCCUUCUGAUCCGCUUUGCGUUUCGUCGAAGUUAUAUGUAAACAAGAUGUCCAAUAUUGGAAAAAUAAAGAUAAAAACAUUCGCGGAACUGCAGGCCACCACGGGCAUAAAUGUGGAACCGGAACCUCCACCAAUAACAGAAGACAGAACGCCAGAGAAAAAAAGAGCGGGAAAAACCCGUGCGGCUACUACAACAAAGAAAGUUCAGGCGAAAUCGGAGCCGAACGGUGGUGUAAUCGUAGCCAGCACUGCGAUCAAGCGCUCAAACAAGAAGACGCCCUUGCCAGGCCAAUUGCGCAUCGAUUCCUUCUUCAAAAGCGCCGCCAAGAGCUACAAAGUCAACAUGGUUCCCGUGCCACGCUCAUCCGCUAAGGCUAUGGAUGCACCAGCGGCCAAGCGGAAGGUCACCUCGAGGGGACGCAAACGCCUGUUUGACGAGUCCACCACCACAUCCACUACGUCCACGGACACGCUGGGUCGCAAGCCGCCGGAGAAGCGAGUGCAGCCUGGCCGACGUGCGAAGGGCAAGGAGAACACGAACCUCCCUGAAGAACUGGAUGUGAUUGACCUGUGCUCCGAGGACGAGGGCGACAAGACCAUCAAGGCGGAGCCCCCGGCGGAAGCCUACUCCAGUCCAGUCAGGAAUUCCAUACCAGCACCAAAGCUCCGCAGUUCAAAGAGGCCCAGCAGUUCAGCCGUAGUGAAGACCUCUCCAGGCACCAAAAGACCCUCAGCGAAGACCUCUCCAGGCAACAAAAGAAUUUCAGUAAAGACCUCUCCUGACCCAUCAAUGGCUGCAAUCCCAAGGGACAGCUCCCUGCCCAAAAAUUCAAAAAAAGGAGCUGGACGAAAACAAAAGACGCCAAAGCCGUGCCCGCCUUAUAAAAUUGUAGAGGGGACAUCCUUCUGCGUCGACGGCUUUCAGUUCGGAGAUAUAGACGGAGUCUCACAUUAUUUCCUAACCCACUACCAUGCGGAUCACUACAUUGGGCUGACCAAAAACUUCUGCUAUCCCCUAUACAUGAGUCCCACUACGGCUCGCCUGGUGCGAACCUUUAUAAAAGUGGACGAAAUGUGCAUCAACGAGAUUGAAGUGGACCAGACGCUUAUGGUGGAUGGCGUUCAGGUGACCGCAUUGGAAGCCAACCACUGUCCUGGAGCCCUCUUGUUUUUCUUCCAACUACCCUCUGGCAAAAAUAUUCUGCACACUGGAGACUUUCGGGCCUGCGCCGAAAUGGAAUCCUGGCCGAUCUUCUGGAACCACACCAACAUCGACCUGCUCUAUCUGGACACAACCUACAUGAACAAGAACUACGACUUUUGCCACCAGACAGAGAGCGUCGAUCGAGCGAUAGAGUUGGUGCGGGACUUCAAGGAGAAAAAUUUGGCCAAGCGAAUCCUCUUCGUCUGCGGCUCCUAUGUGAUAGGGAAGGAGAAAAUCUGGCUGGCCCUGGCGAAGGAGUUCAACCUGAGAGUCUGGACAGAGGAAAAUCGCAGCAAGGCAAUAAAGUGCAUGAAUUGGUUGGAUCUGGAGUCCGUACUAACAGAUGAUCCCCGCUCAGCAAACUUACACAUUCUUCCAAUGGGGAAAAUUAGCUAUCCGAGUCUAGUUGAGUAUUUGAGUCAAUUCGAGGACCAAUACGACAUGUUGUUGGGCAUAAGACCUAGCGGCUGGGAGAAGAACAGCAAGCCCUCGUAUGGUAAGCGAAUCAGCACGAUUGGCAUUGAGUACUCGGAACACUCUAGCUACAAGGAGUUGGAGCGGUUUGUUCGCUUCCUCAAGCCCAAGCGAGUCCUAAGCACAGUUCCCGUGGGUCGUGAUCUCUUUGUUACUGGCGAUGUGCCUACCGAAUGGUACAAGUACGAAGGCCGAUCCUCUAUGCUAAGUACAGGGUACCAGCCAUCGAUAUCCUCUUUUCUAGCCACGCCAAAACGCAUUGUUCCAAAAAUGACUGCAGCGACUGCCAUGUCCGUAAGCCCAGCGGAUGAAAAGGCUUCCAAUGGUAAGGGAGAUGGAGGAGAGGAUGACUGGCAAACCGCUGUGCCAGCGGAUCAUAUAACCAUUUUAUCCAGCACCUCAGAAAAGAAAUCGGAAAUACUCGUUAAAAACGAACCCCUGGGACCAGACACGUGUCCUGAAACUGAAAUAAUCACUUGGAACGAGACCCUAGAACCAGAAAUGUCUUAUGAUAUUGAUAUAGUCAUUAAAAACGAAUCCAUGCCACCAGACUCGUGCCCUGUUACCCAACCAUAUGCUCCACCCACGGAAGCAGAAGAAUCCAAAGAUAAUCCUGGGAUAUCGAAGGAUUCUGGCGGCCCUUGCACCAUCGUCAUCCCUGACAGCCAGGAGCAAAAUAAGGACGAUGGCAGCACAUGUGGGGCAGUCUUGGUAAGUAGACUGACGUCCGAUGCUACCGACGAUUGGCUCUUAUAAGGAUUCCAAAAUAAUCCAUCAUCGAAUGUACAAUGUGAAUAGCUCUUAUGAAUUAAGUGUGCCUGCUAAAAGUUAUUGUUAUUAAGUAAUAAGAUAGAGAUGUAUACGUUUUCUGUUCGGCUGUAAUUAUAAGAUGAUUUGAUGUGAAUAUAAGGCUUGCCUUCGACAUACAAACAAUUUUAUAUAUACUGUAUAUAUAUAUGUAUUUUUCUUGACUUAUAAUUUUUAACAUCUUUUGGAUGCCUUUCUCCACAAACUGAACAAGUUUUGGGGAGCAGGAUGCUCCGUACAUUAUCAAUAAAUUAAAUGAUAGUUUUUAUAGAGAAUGGGGCAUCCAUAUAUGAGUAAGGCGAUCUAAUUCAAUGAUGCUCCGAGUGCUAACGAAUGUAAAUGAGUUUUGAUUACUUCACUGAUAUGCUAUGUGUAUUAGUUAAAUGAUAAAGAAAUUUAAAGUAUAAA